GUCCCCAGUGUCUAUAUCAAAUUGAGAGUCCGGGGAAUGUUUAUUUGUGGUAACAAUAAAGCAUCUUCGGAAGGGAUAAUCAUGGGUCAAACCGGAAAAAAAUCUGAGAAGGGACCAAUUUGUUGGCGAAAACGUGUGAAAUCAGAAUAUAUGAGACUGAGGCAGCUCAAGAGGUUUCGACGUGCAGAUGAAGUAAAGAGUAUGUUUAAUUCUAAUCGUCAGAAGAUAAUGGAAAGAACUGAAAUCUUAAAUCAAGAAUGGAAACAACGUAGGAUACAGCCUGUUCACAUCAUGACUUCUGUGAGCUCAUUGCGCGGGACCAGGGAGUGCUCUGUGACGAGUGAUAUAGAUUUUCCAAAACAAGUCAUCCCACUGAAGACUCUUAAUGCUGUUGCUUCUGUGCCUAUAAUGUAUUCUUGGUCUCCCCUUCAACAGAAUUUUAUGGUAGAGGAUGAAACAGUUUUACAUAACAUUCCGUAUAUGGGAGAUGAAGUGCUUGACCAGGAUGGUACCUUUAUUGAAGAACUGAUCAAGAACUAUGAUGGGAAAGUGCAUGGAGACAGAGAAUGUGGAUUUAUCAAUGAUGAAAUAUUUGUUGAGCUGGUCAAUGCACUUGGUCAAUAUAGUGAUGAUGAAGAUGAUGAUGAUGGAGAUGACAAUCCUGAUGAAAGAGAUGACAAGCAAAAAGAUCGGGAAGGUAACAGGAUGGAGAAAGAAAGCCACCCACCUCGGAGAUUUCCUUCUGACAAGAUAUUUGAAGCCAUUUCCUCGAUGUUUCCAGACAAGGGUACAGCAGAAGAACUGAAAGAGAAAUACAAAGAACUCACUGAGCAGCAGCUUCCUGGAGCUCUUCCUCCUGAGUGCACACCAAACAUAGAUGGACCAAAUGCUAAAUCUGUUCAGAGGGAGCAAAGCCUACACUCUUUUCACACACUCUUCUGUAGACGCUGUUUUAAAUAUGAUUGCUUCUUACAUCCAUUCCAUGCAACUCCUAAUACUUAUAAACGAAAGAAUACAGAAACAGCAUUAGAUAAUAAGCCUUGUGGACCACACUGUUACCAACAUCUGGAAGGUGCAAAGGAGUUUGCAGCUGCCUUGACUGCUGAGCGUAUAAAGACACCACCAAAGCGCCCAGGUGGCCGCCGAAGGGGAAGACUUCCAAACAACACCAGCAGACCCAGCACGCCGACAAUAAAUGUAUUGGAAUCAAAAGACACAGAUAGUGAUAGAGAAGCUGGAACUGAAACUGGAGGAGAAAACAAUGAUAAAGAAGAAGAAGAAAAGAAAGAUGAAACAUCUAGUUCCUCUGAAGCAAAUUCUAGGUGUCAGACACCAAUAAAGAUGAAGCCAAAUAUUGAGCCUCCGGAGAAUGUGGAAUGGAGUGGUGCAGAAGCCUCAAUGUUUAGAGUUCUUAUUGGUACCUACUAUGACAACUUCUGUGCAAUUGCCAGACUGAUUGGGACCAAAACGUGCAGGCAGGUGUAUGAGUUUAGAGUAAAGGAAUCUAGUAUUAUUGCUCCAGUCCCUGCUGAAGAUGUUGAUACUCCUCCCAGAAAGAAGAAAAGGAAACACAGGUUGUGGGCUGCUCAUUGCAGAAAGAUACAGCUGAAAAAGGAUGGGUCAUCGAAUCAUGUUUACAACUAUCAGCCAUGUGAUCAUCCACGUCAGCCUUGUGAUAGCUCAUGCCCAUGUGUAAUUGCUCAAAACUUCUGUGAGAAGUUUUGUCAGUGCAGCUCAGAAUGCCAAAACAGGUUUCCUGGAUGUCGUUGUAAAGCACAGUGCAACACUAAGCAGUGCCCAUGUUACCUAGCUGUACGGGAAUGUGAUCCUGACCUCUGUUUAACAUGUGGAGCAGCUGACCACUGGGACAGCAAAAAUGUGUCUUGCAAGAACUGCAGCAUUCAGAGAGGAUCCAAAAAACACUUGCUAUUGGCACCUUCAGAUGUGGCAGGCUGGGGAAUUUUCAUCAAAGAUCCUGUACAGAAGAAUGAAUUCAUCUCCGAGUACUGUGGUGAGAUUAUUUCUCAGGAUGAGGCAGACAGAAGAGGAAAAGUAUAUGACAAAUACAUGUGCAGCUUUCUGUUUAACUUGAAUAAUGAUUUUGUGGUUGAUGCAACACGCAAGGGCAACAAAAUUAGAUUUGCAAACCAUUCAGUAAAUCCCAACUGCUAUGCAAAAGUUAUGAUGGUUAAUGGCGAUCACAGAAUAGGAAUAUUUGCUAAAAGAGCCAUUCAGACUGGUGAAGAACUGUUCUUUGACUACAGAUAUAGCCAAGCUGAUGCCCUUAAGUAUGUGGGCAUUGAAAGAGAAAUGGAAAUCCCUUGACACCAGCUACCUCUUCUUUUAAACAGCUGCCUUAUCUUCAGGAAUUUCUAGUACUGUGGGCAAUUUUAGAAAAAUGAAAAUGAUGCAAUUUGAAAUUCUGUAUUUGCAAAGUACUGUAACAGUAAUUUAUAGUAACAAAUUUAAAAAAAACCAACACAACUUUUUAUUGCCUUCUCACCAGCUGCAAAGUGUUUUGUACCUAUGAACUUUUGCAAUAAUGUGGUGUGGUACAUUUUUCAACCUUGAAUAAAGGAUACUUGAACUUCUUCAUUUUUA